UAUGCUUUUGCUUGCUGGCCCCGUUUCUGCUCACUUGCUCCUUCUCCGUUCCUUCCCUCUCGUUUCCUGGAAAUAUCUCACGAUCCUUCCUCCUCCUUCACCCUCUGUCCACCCCCCACCCUCCUACUCCUUCACAAUCCCUCCAACGGGGACUCGAUCGAAGGACCAAGACAAUCAGGAUAGCGAAACAAAGUAAAAUAGGGUGGAGAGGGGAAAUAGGAACGCUCGAAAUGUGGUCCAACCUCCUCUCAGCCGCAUUCCUCUACGGACUACUGUCAACAACCGUCGUCGUCGCGCAAACCUGCGAUCCCAGCCAGUGCCCAGGGCUGCCAUGCUGCCCUAGGGACAGCUCUGCGGGGCCCCAGCUUUCGCCCACCGUUUCGCCUCCCUCAAAUCUGGGCCCUACGAACGUUUCCGGGGCGGCAGAAUCGCAGGUCCCGGGAAAAGAGCCCACUGGGAGCGCAAAUCCUACCGGGAGCGCAAACCCUACUGGGAGCGCAAAUCCUACUGGUAGUAGUCCGAACCAGAACAAGGCCGGAGAGACCUCCAUCGUCAGUACCCCACUGGCGGAGGCAAAAGCGGGAAACGGAAAGGAUAACACUGGAGCUAUAGCCGGAGGAGUUGUUGGUGGGAUACUCUUUCUUGUGCUCGUUGGCGCCUUGGUAUUCUUUUGGAGAAGAAGGAAGAGGGCUCGCGAUCCUCUUGGCUCUGUAGAGAAAUCUGGCAAGAUCCUCCACCCCCUCGCAGUCACGUGUGGUAUACUAACCCCCCUCUCACCAGCCGACGAAACGGCCCCCGGUUACCAAGACCCAAGCCCCCCCUCUCCCGUCCCAAUCGUCGCCGCUCGGGAGUCACCUCAACCCUAUCACAACGCGGCAACCCCCAAUGAAGCUCAUGGUUUAAUGUCCCACUAUGGCGACGCGCAGCCACAGCACGUACCCCAGGAAGUCCAACCAGUCAUCAUGGCGGCCAAACCAUACGAUGUGAACCCCUCGUCUCGCGAGAUCCGUGAUGGCGAUGAAAACGAUGGUAUCUCGAUAAAUAGCCCUUCACCAGUGACCACGCCAAGUCCCGAGCGACAGCAUGAACAGCAGAGGAGUGUGCCGAGGUUGCCGAUUUAUCAGGCAGGAAGGAAGGAUGAUGUUGGGGGGAAUACGCCGCCCCCAGCAUUAUAAUGUUUCGGUCAGUUAGUGAUUGCGGCGAUUAGUCUGGGGAGGAAAAAGAGGUGAGCGGGGGGGGGGGGUUUAUUCAUUUUUAUAACUUUUUUUAUAUAUAUAGGAUUGUAUUUGAACGAUUGGGAUGUUCAUCUUAUUCUUUCUCGACGCUCGUAUUAUGCUGGACGGAUGGUGGUGCUACUGAAUUUAUUUAUUUAGUUCCCCG